AUGAAUCUGCAUCUACAACUUCUUUUUCUAGUUGCUGUUGCUUCCUACCAGGUGGCUUUUGCAGAAGCCUUUGGUUAUGUGGCUUACAAUGAAAGCUCCAGGUGUGUUGCUUAUGAAGCUCUGCCCUCCUGCUUUGGGCCACAACUCCCAGCAGAAGGGCUGAGGGGGUACAUGAUGAGGGUGAUCCCACCAAACGCUUGCCACGCAAUCCAGAAUCCUCCAACACCACGAGAUCCCUCCGAGACGUAUAUUGCCCUCAUACAGGGGUGUGACUGCCCAUUUGUUGAGAAGGUCCUUCAUGCCCAGCAGGCUGGGUACCACACUGCUGUUGUCUACAACGUGAAUUCUGAGCACUUGACUACCAUGAGGGCUGAUGACAAAAAAAUCCAACAGCUGAUUAAGAUCCCAUCACUCUUUACCGGGCAAUCGGUCUCCCUCCACUUGCAAAGGACUUCCCAUCAUGACAAAGGGGCCUACAUCAGCCUUCUGCCACCCAAACACUAUUGGCAGCCCUGCCUAGAGGAUGCCAAAAUGCUCCAGGAAACUUUCAUCUUGCAGGAUUUCAGAAGCAUAUUCUGCAUCAUCGUUGCCACUUUCUCAGUUGUGGCGGUCUUGGGCUACUACAAGAAGAGGAGCCAGAUAAAGCUGCACACUUACAAGCUGGGAGACAAAUAUGAGAGCUGUGUGAUCUGCAUGACAGACUACAAGGAAGGGGACAGCCUGAAGAUCCUGUCCUGCUCCCAUGCUUACCACAGUGCCUGCAUUGACACCUGGUUCCACACCCAGCCCAACAAGAAGACAUGUCCCUUCUGCAAGCAGGCAGUGAGCUCCUGUGUGCAAGGUGACAUCCCAGCAGAGCAGGCUGGUGAGGAUCAGGAUGAGGAGCAACAGGCUGAUGAAGAUGUCACAUUCAGUGGAGGGCAUGAAGAUGAACACAUUGAAGAGGAGAAAGAGGAGAAAGAUAAUGCAAGCACAGUGGAAGAAGACUUUGAAGCACCAUUAGAGCUGUGA